GGGAAUUCCCCUGCUGUGAAAAUUCCCAAACAACAACAUUAGUCGGUCGCGCGGUGUCGGUCGUUGAUAUCAUGAUCACUGUCACCUGAUUUAUUAACUGUAAUUUACCAUUGUUUUAUUCCCAGAGACUAAUAUCGAAGAGGUCCGGGAUACUGAAGCUAUGGCACAGGAGAAGUCGACACAGAUUUGGAAGACGGUAUUGCAGCAAAACCUAGUACACAUAGGCCAUUCCAUGAAAACUGAUCGACUGGUCCCUUACUUAAUACAACAUGACAUUAUUUCUGAUGAUGAUAUGGACACUCUUAAGGACAUAGGAACUGAAACAGAGAAGGCGGAGUGGCUGAUAAACCAUCUUAGAAGAUAUGCAUCUGAUGAAGGAUUCAAAAUCCUGAUGUAUGCGCUGAGAGAAGAAAGACAGAAUCAUGUUGCUGAUUUUAUUGAUGACAAGCUAAAAGAACUUACAAUGACUACAGCUGAAAAUAAAUUCCCCAUGUCCAGAUACGCUGAUGCCAUUCAGGUUCCACUAAAUAUAACAGAUAAAGAUAAAAACUAUGAGAAUCCACUUACAGUAAUUUCUGAGUGUCCAUCAGUGGGUUUAUGUAAACACCACAAAGCAGGGUGUACAGAAGUUGUGGCCAAGGAAAAUCUGGACUACCAUAUUGAAUAUGAAUGUCAGUACAGACCCACCCCCUGCAAGAACUGUGGCAAGGAAAUGCCCUUGAAUAUUAUCACUGAGCAUUUUUCAGUCUGUUCUGGCCAGAUGUGUGUCAAAUGUCCUUUAUGCAGCAGAGAUUUCUCUUUUUCUGAGAUAAAAAGGCAUGUUGCACAAUGUCAAGGAAACUGUCAGAAACCAUGUCACUUUUUCAAGAAAGGAUGCUCCUUCAAAGGAUCAUCAGCAGACAUGGAUCAGCAUAACCAGGUUUCUUCAAGCCAGCAUAUGGAACUGCUUCUAACCCACAUUGAAGGCAUGGAUAAUAAUUAUCAGAAAUUGUUGAGUAAAAUCACUGAAAUUGAAAGGACACUGAAAAAACCCAGUACACCACCUGGAAGGAGAGAUUCUUGCAUACAGACAAAUGGAUGUUGUACAGAGGAUUUGCAGACUGCAGCUGUGACCUUACCAGCCUCAUUAGCUCCAGGGCCAAAAUACCGAGGGCGUUGCAUGAGUUCCCCAACUGUUAUCAUCAGGCCAGUGGCAACUGUUAGCCCAUCUCAGUCAAGGGCAACUUCACAAACUUCACUGAAACUUGAGGAUUCGGAUCAAAAGAACAUGAGCAAAGAGCCACAAAAAGAACCAGAACCACCUAUACCAGAAUUACCCAAAAAUAGUGCUGGUAGAAGCCUGUUGAAGUGUUUUGUCAAUUUUGUCUGCAAAACUUUAUCUAGCCAAACUGUUUAAUUAGAUUGGAGAAUCUGAACCAGUAGUAGAUAUGGAAUUUUUGUUUGUUGCAAUCUAUGCAAAUAACUGUCCAUUUUCUAGAGAAAAUAAAACCAAUAGUUUAGUCCCUUUUCUCGUUCUAAACAGAUGUCUCCUUUUGACAGUUGUCUGUCUAAUGAAGUUUACCUCACUUUAGCUAAUGUUAAACUUCAGUUCUUCAGAGAAAGUUCUGUGCCCAUGGUGACUGCUUGAUCAGAAGGUCAUACUGCGAAGUCUUUAGUGUAAAUGGGCCCAAAACUAGGACCAACUGUAAAACUAGUGUGUUGAAGUCAUUUAAUUGUCAAUGUACCUUAUGCUUUUGGUAAGAAAACCACUGCACUUGCAACACCAAACUCGUUAUACCUGGACACUUGCAUUUAUUAGAUACAGGUAGCUUGAUUUUAAUAUUUAAAUGAUUUUUCAUAAAAAUUAUAGUAAAUGUAACAAUCAUGUUUCUUCCAUAAUCAACCUGGUAGGUUAUAUUUUAAGUAUAUUGAAAAUAAAUGAACAAAAUGUUCUUUGAAAA